CGUCACGUGAACUGCUCGUGUCCGUUCCAGCUGAGAGGGGGGGAGGGAGAGAGAGGAAGAGCGGGAGAGAGUGACAGAGAGAGAGGACAAUCGGACGUGGACGUCGCGCGGCCCUCGCAGACCUAAGCCCGUGCGCCCGUGACUGGAUUCCCCGGAUGCAAAAAAAAAGUACAGACAGAGAACGAGGAAACGACCCCCCCUCCUCCCUCUCACCCCCCCCGACGGACACCCGCGCGCUACAGCAGAGAAACACCAAUACAACUUGUCAUCUGACCAAUACAGUCACUGCUCUCGUCGCUGUGCAUUUUUUUAUUUUGUACAAACAGUUUUGUUGUUUUGACGGACCUCUGCUUUGCAACUAUUUUGAGGAUAUUCGUUUUGAUUUCGCGAACGGUUAACUCGGGAUCUUAUUCUAUAAGUUUUAAUUGUAACAUUUUCCUUUCCGGUGCGUUUCGUUUCGUUGUCAUUUUGAUGUCUUAGUGUUAUUGACGUUUUUUAUUAUGGACAGUAUUCUGUCUCACAUAGUCUGAGUGUCCCUCCCACUUCACCGAGAAUUAAAGCUUGAUCUGCUGAAGCAUUUUAACAGCAUUCCACUGCAAUGGAGUAUUUCGAUGAAAACAUUUCUGCAAGGAAAUAAGGAACUCUGCACAACCCGAGGUGAAAGGCAGCCAUCCAGCCUACUCGUCCCAUUGGUAGACUCUCCGGUCAGUCCGCCACGCCCCUUCAAGUGCCCCCCCCCCUCCCCUGCCCCCCUGUAGACCUGUCUUUCUACCGACCCCAUCUGGACCGGGAUGUCCAGGCAGGUCUCCCAGCUUCCGAACCCCGAGCUGCCGGCCGGCACGAGCCCACAGUUUGGAAGUUGUACCCAGCCUGCGGGCUCUCUCCCGGGGGGGCAACUCAGCUCUAUGGCGGGUCUCAAGUCCCUCCUGCAGCACCCCAUAAAGGGAGACCAACGCUUAAAAACACCAUGUGAUGCAAAAGACAAAGAGAGGCUGGACGUUGAUGAGGACUCCAUGGGAGUGUGCCCCAUGAGGAAUGGCAGUGCAAUAGGCAGCAGUGCUAACAGUAACGGCUGUGCAGGAGGAGGAGGUGGAGGAGGAGGAGGAGGAGGAGGAGGGGGGGGAGGUGGUGGUGGCGGUGGAGCGAAUGGAGGAGGAAGUUUCAACCAGUUCUUGGGGCCCCUCUUGUGGGAUCGCACCCUGCCGGCAGACGGGGGCCUUUUCCAGCUUCAGUACAUGGACUUGGAGGAGUUUCUGACCGAAAACGGAAUGGGCAACGUGCAUAAUAACAACAGCUCCAGUUCAGCCCAGAUCCCAUCGCAGAGCUCCCAGUCAGCCGUGCCCAACCAGAGCUCCCAGUGCCUACCGCCCUCAUCUCCACCUGGCUCUUCGUCUUCAUCGCCUUCUUCCUCUUCUUCCCCAUCGCUCAUUGGUUUGGAGGUGGCUCAGCCGCAGAGCCUCGGAGGUGGAAAUGACUGUUUGCAUGGGAGUCAGACCAGCAUGAACGACUCCUGUGAGUCUCCCUCUUCUUCCUCUUCGUCCUCCUGUCCACCUCUGCUCACGCCCACGGACAGCGGUCCGGACGGGGUCGGCAUGUACGACAUGGAUUCUUCGGACAUGGACAUGUCCGGCCAGCAGAACUACGACCCCAGGAGGCACUCCUUCAGCGAAGAGGAACUCAAGCCGCAGCCCAUGAUCAAGAAGGCCCGCAAGAUCCUGGUGCCCGACGGCUUGAAGGAUGAGAAGUACUGGACCAGGAGGUAUAAAAACAAUGAAGCGGCAAAGCGUUCCCGAGACGCUCGCCGCCUCAAGGAGAACCAAAUAUCGGUGCGCGCCGCCUACCUGGAGAGAGAAAACGCCGCCCUCCGACAGGAAGUGGCCGAGAUCCGGAAGGAACUGGGCCGCUGUCGCAACAUCCUGAAUAAAUACGAGAACCGCCUCGCUGACCAGUGAUGAAUCGGAAUCAGAACAUAAGCUGGAUUCAAUUUAGGACUCUGAAUUGUUGGUGUGGCCCGAUGGACAGAAUGGAGGAACCGGUGAUGGUGGUGAUGAUGAUGAUGAUGAUUAUGAAUGUAAAAGACGAGGGGGGGGGGGGGGGGGGGGAUUUGCGUAUUGAAGCUCAGGUGUCUUGUUUUGUUGAGGUGUCAACUCUUAAAAGUGAAAGAUGGAGAGAAUAAUUUAACAGAUGAAAAGAUGUGACUUUUAAGAGUUUUGUUAUCGGAGAAUUGUAUAUUUUUAUAAUACUUAAGAAAAAUUUGAGGGAGAGCAAAUUUGGAGAAUAAUUUUGUACAUUUUCUACAUAGAGACAGGGGAAAGUAAUGGUAAAUAUCUUUUUAUUACAGAUGAGUCAGGAGACGUUUAACAGGUGGUCAGACAUCGAUGGGUAUUUUUCGACUUGAUCAUUGUGGUCAGGAUGCAGCAGCGGGGGCGAGGACGCGUGUAACAUUUGUAAUAUAGAGAGCAAAAAUGAUCUUAUAAAUCGUAUAGUUCAACAUUCUUGUUGAUUUAUAUUCAAGCACUUAAUCUUUUUUUUUUUUUUUCACCUUUUCCGGUUUGUGUCACCGCGAACGUGCUGGAGAGCGACAAGAGGAGACGUCACACUGCAGACACUCCGCUACGCUCCGUUCCAACCACUUUCACCCCCUUCUCUCAUCGUCUUCAGUCCCUCAACAAUAUUAUUCCUCUGUACUUUGAGCUGAACUUCGUGCGAUUGGUUUCGCCCGUCACGAGUCCACACUCGAAUCGUCCACACUCAAUCCCCUUCCCAUCUGUCCCGGUUGAGGCCUCUGAGUCCACUCUGGCGUCUUGUCGUAUCCCACCUGAAGCCGGUGAAAACCCGGGUGACUGAUCCGCUCUUUCGAAAUCGCCGGGACGUUUCUCUCCCUCUUGUUUUUUUUUUUCGUACCCGGCUGCUCUAUUUCUGUCCGCUCUCCCUUGCGGUCAAUCCCCCUUCUUUCAGUCGUGUGCGAACUCUGUCCCACAACAUUUUGCCCCCCCCCCCCCGUGUCUCCAUCUCAGUAUUGUGUCGUUUUUUCUCAAAUAGGCAUCAAUCUUCCCGGCCGGACGCACAUCGUUACUUUACUCUACUUUAUGAACACACUAUGAUGAGCAAUGUUAUGGGGGCAGAAACGUUGUUGUAUAUUGGAUAGGCCUGUACUAUUGUGUGUGUUUGAUGUAUUCCAGGAGAUGGGUUUACUACCCCCCCGUUGAGUGGAAUAGUGUUAAUUUCUCAGAUUUCUGGGAGAAAUAAAAGCCAAAACUUCCUAUAUUGAUCCACAAAGCUUGUUGCUAUUUAGGGCUUUUUUCAAUACUGCUCCUUCCUUACGGUUUACUCCUUUUAUUGCUCUUUACUUUCUACUGUAUCUAUUUCUAUGUGUAUCCACAACACCUACACAUGGAGCAUGGUACACUAUGUUAUGUUCCUGAGGAAGGAUGACUAGUGAUAGAAUGUGCUUUUAACCCCUUUUAUGACCCUUACUGGUAUUAUUAUUGUUAUGAUUAUGAUGAUUACCCCUCUUGUUGUUGCUGUUCUAUACUAUUGAAUGAUUUCCUUUCUUUGGAUGAACCCGAUCUGUUCCACCUGGAAACUACCUUUCGAUCUUCGUUGUUCCUCAAAAAGACUUUUCAAAUGAGAAAACAAAAAAAACAAAACCCUCAGUCUGCCGUUCGGACCUCCAGGCGUUACUCACUUCUACUACGGACACCGCUGCCGCCGGGGGUUCCUCUGACUGCCGAUCCCAAAAGCUUCAGUAACUUGAACAUGAUAUUCAUGCGGACUUACUUUACCUUUCGUGACGACCUCUUCUGUUCCCCGCUGUGUACGGACUAUGCACACUAUCGAUAUGCUCCUUGUUGGUUUAUUUCAGCCUUUAUCACCUCAAUCAGUGAUUGUUUCCUCUCCCAACAGGAUGUAGUCUCUAAUAUCCUCACACAUGUGGUCUGGUGAAUCUUUUAGUGACUCUUGUUGAACUACAACUGCCCUGCUGCAUCAGUGGUGUCCAUUGUGUCCAGCCCACUGGGUGCUGGUUAUUUGGAUGUAGUCAAGAUUUUUCCAAAAACACCAAUAAAAGAUUGUUCUCAUUCACUA